AUGAAACAAGAUACGAUACGAGCAGAUUACUAACCAGAAAUGGCUAGACACAUAAAACGAGCCUGCGUUUAGCGAGUUCUGUUUUCGUCCAGCUCGACUCAGUAGAAUACACACUAAGCCGUGCCUGCUGAGUAAAGAUGAAAUGCUGCAUAGAAUGCGUGGCAAGCUCGGCGUAUAGUUGCUUUAGCCGGACGACCUUGACAGUCCUGGCGGUGCUUAAGGUCCUCGUAUCCGUCAGCAUCAUCGUCAUCGUGGCCGUGAAGCUGGAGAACGUGACCAUCGCGGUGCAGCUGCCGGUGUCCUCGCUCGCCGACCUGACCACCGUGGCUGGGAUAGCCAACGUCACCAACAGCCUGCUCGGGGCCACGCCGGCCGCCGCGGGGGGGACUGGGGGAGCCUCCGGCGGGACCUCGGGUUCCGGGGCGGGGGGCGGCACGGACCUGAACGCCACGGCUGGGCCCAUACACGUGGACGCGGCGUGCCUGCUGCAGAAGCGCGGGAAUGCGGGCCAGUUUGACGGCGACUCCAAAACCAUGUGCAGUUACGUGUACGGGGUGUGCGCCAUCAGCCUGGCCGCCACCUUCGUGAUGGCCUGCCUGCUGUGGUGCACCUGCCACCUGUGCGGCUGGGGGCCGCUGUUGGAGCUGAUGUUCGCGCUGCUGGGGCUGGCGUGGUGGCUGGCGGCAGCGCUGGUGCUGCAGGAGCACACGGCCAUCUCUGUGGACACGGGUCCGGCGGCUGUGCGCCUCAUUGUGGGGAAUGCACCGCCGCCGCCGCCGCCAGCCGCCGCGGCGACGCUGUUUCCGCCGCCGCCGCCGCCUCCGGCGGUGCUGCCGCCCGCCGGCAACGCCACCAGCGACCUGGCGGCCCAGCUGGGGGAGCUGCUGGACGAGUGGAUGCCCACGAGCCUGAACCAGUGGCGUAACACGGUGGUGGGGCUGAGCUGGACCAUGAUGGUCAUGUUUGGCGGCGCGGGCCUGCUGCUGGCGGUGGAGGCGUGCGGCUGCCUGGUGGAGGUGGUGGCUUGCUGCUGCAGGUGCUGCUGCUGCCCCAACAGGCCGGAGAGCAAGUGGCGCAGCCGCCUCAGCAACACCAGGCGCAAGCGGGUGGACGGCGAGGAAUACAUGGAGAUGGCGGCAGGGAUACCCAACUCCUCCGCCUCGCCGAGUGGCGGCGGCGGCGCCGUGCCCGUGUCCUCGCUGCCAGCGGGGCCGCCUGCUGGACCAGCGGUAGGAGCAGCACCUGCGGGGGCGCCGGCGGGAUAUGGGUCAGGCGGGCACGGGUUCGGCCCGGGGGCGUAUAGCGGCGGCGGUGGGGGGCGGGGGGCAUAUAGCAGCGCCAGCGCGGCGCCGCCGAGUGUGGUGGUGGUUGCGCGGUCGGAAGGUUAUGGGGUCAGGUCGUGGGCGGACCGAGAGCGGGAGGAGCGGGAGAAACGAGCGCCGGGCGGGUGGGGGUACUAAGGUUGGGGUAAAGCAGGAUGUCUUGUGUGCGCCAGCAGCCCAUUCGGCAGCAGUCAUGUCAGUCAUGUGGUUGGUGACUCGGUGUGGGUUGUGAGUGGCCUUCGAACGGGCGUGACUGGAACACGAGUCACGUCCUUGGCAUUGGGUUGUGGCUCUCGGAGGGGCGUGAUUGGAACGCGAGUGGGCACAGGUUGGGUGAUGUUUGGUCAUGCGCUUGACCGAUCCGUGAACGAGAGACGGCCGUGAGCCAGAUAGUCAGAGAGCAAAGGUAGGUUUCGCGAUAUGUUGGACGCAGGUGGCAAGGCAGGUGGUGAGCUACUGGUUUGAUUUUGUGGUGUGAGAGCCGCCUCACCCCGCUUAGCACGUGCUUGAGUGCUGUGCUGUGCUGCAGUAGGGUCAUAGGGUGUGCUACCGGUGUUACUUUUGUGUGACGGUGCUUGGCUGCCGUAGCGGCAUGGACACACAGGGGCCGAAAGGGACAGGUUGGUUGCACAGAGUAGAGUAGAUCAAGCCAAGUGGUCGGGAGUACAGCGCGCAAUGCACGCACUGACGCAUCAAAUGCCCAGAGGCGUAGUGUAUCCAGCUGCAGUGGAGUGUGCAGCAAGGGAGUACGGUAGUGGUGUGUAGGAUGAGCGACGCACCGUUCGCGUCGACCAGGCUCGUGUGGCCUAUAUGGCUGCUUAGCGGGCGAGACACAAUUCAGAAACACUAGCUGACAGCGUGAGAAGACCAUUCGUUUUAAGGCCCCUGUGUGGGCAGAGGGAUGCAGGCGCUCUGGAUUUCGCGACGACCCCGG